AUGCCUGAACUAACAAUUAUCAUAGACUUAUCCAAGACUCCGCUGACAAGUCACCUCGGCUUUUGGUUCUUUGACCGCGAGAGCCGUGCUCGCCUCUCCCCUGAAAGAGACAUUCGCUGUGGAAACUGGCAAGAAUUCGACGUUGGACGGAAUCUAACAACAGAGGAGACUAAGAAUCGCAUCCGUGGAAUUGACGAUAAAUCGACUGACGGCACUGCGAAAGACCUCGGCUUCUAUGGCACGGGCGUGAUCGAAACUAAGUAUGCCGCAAAGCAUCACAUCGUAGUUGCAGGGUGGAACCCUGCUCACAGUGUGGCAAGUUUUCUCCCGUAA